AUGCGUUUCAUCACAUUCGUUGCGGCUCUCCUGCCGCUGGCAAGCGCUCUGCCAGCCUUCGAUGGGGAGUCUUCCCACGGAGCCCUUGAACAGCGCAACUACAAGCCUACCUGCGGCGUGAACGGAUACAACAAGGCUGGCCGCCCGCACUACCACUCUGUCUCUUACAAGUGCGAUCGCUACGAGUGCCACAACAUCUGUCAAAAGAGCUCCAAGUGCCAGAGUUACUCUGUUAGCAACGGCGCUUGCAGAUUGUACUCCAGCAAGGUCGUCAAGAACUGUGCCACUUCGAGCAAGUCCCCAUACAAGUACUACGACAAGUCCUGUGCUUGCCCACCAAAGCCCAACAAGCCAAAGACGACGACCACGAAGAAGUCGAGCACUACUACCAAGAAGACGAGCACCACGAAGGCCACGACGACCACUGCCAACGACGUUACCAGUACCACCAGUGCUGUUGUUUCCACCACUACCACUGCUGCUUCGACCACUACGACCAACGGCGUUACAACAACUACAACUACUCCUGUGAUCACGACUACCAGCACCACAACGAACGCACAAACAACCACUACUACUGCAACUACAACUACAACCACGGCAGUGCUUCCUCCAUCCGUCUGUGGUGGCUUCUCACCAGAGAGAGUCUCCACCCCUGAUGAGGUAGAUUACGCACGCUACUUCAGUGGCAUCGGCCGCACCCUCAACCCAGCUGGCCCCUACAACGAGGACCCUGAGAACAGCCCACCCAUCACGACUUACAUCGUGGGAACAUCGACCACAGAGCAAGCUGCCCUCGAAUGUGCCACACAAGCUUAUGACAACGGUUACUUCACCAUCGACUUGCAUUUCCGUCUCUCCCGAGGUGCGUGGGAGUGCGUGCAGUACUUGGACGUCAAUGAAGGGACCGACAGCAGCGACCCUGCCUCGUUCUACAACGUUCAGGACUUGGACGUUGCGUGCUCCUUCGGCUACACGCUCGACUUUCCUCUUUGA